AUGAACGCUGAAGAUGUAGUAGAUCAAGUAGAAAGAUUGCGUCGCGAGAAGAACAUGUAUCUCGAUUUUCUGAGACUAAACUAUCGAAUUCUCGACAGAUACGAGCAGAUUCAUGAAAUCUUUCUUUCUUCUCUGAAUAGCGCAACUUCUGAAGCUAUGAGACUACAUGAGCAACAGAAGCUAGACGAAAUCAACACAGUAAUUGCAAGUCUUCGAAAUAUGAUUCUGUCAGCCGAGAAGAAAAACGAGUGUAAACUUUUCAGUGACUGA